GUCCCCCCCUUCCCUCCCCGUCCUCCUCCGCACACCCGGGGGCGGCGCCCGCGGCCGGAACAAAGCAGAAAACACUUUCUCCCAAGUUUUCGCGCAGCACUCGGGGCCCCUGUCCAGAGGCCCGUGGCGCCCCAUCCCACCCCAGCCGCCUCCCCUCCCCGCGCCUUCUCCUCAACCCAGGCCCGCACCAUGGGCCGCUCGUACGGAGGCCGGGUGCUGGCCGCGAUGACCCUGCUGGGCAUCCCAGCCGCCGUGCUGGUCGCGCUGGCUGCGCAGCUGCUGUUCCAGCUCCAGGCGGGGCGCGCGGAGCUGCGGGGUGUGCGCACCGACGUGCUGCACCCUGAGCUGGACCCCGACGCGGGGCUACCCGAAGCUGCGGCUGGGGCAUUGCUGCCGCUGGCGACUGCGCUGGCCGCGCUGGCGCAGGUCCUCGGGCUUAGCUGCCUGCUGCUCGCCGCGCUCUGCGGACACCUGGGCGCCGAGCUGGCACGCGGGCCGGGGCCGGGCAGGUCGGACUGGUUUCUGUUUGACUGCCGCCUCCUCAGGCACUCGGCGCUUGGCCUGUUCUGCUGUGGGGUCUCCGUCUACUUAGCAGCACUGGCCAUUUACACCCUGCUGCUCUUCGAGAUCGAGGCGGGUGCAGCGGCCGCAUCUAUCCUGGGCUCAGGUGCCCUGGUCCUGGUGGCGGUAAUGACUCACACCCUGCUCCGGGCUGUUCGGGCCACUCGCCGGGGUCUCCACGAGCUGUCCCCACCCUCCUUGGAAGAUGAGCCAGCCCGACCUUCAGAAGACUCCAAAGUUGGCUGCAGGGCUCAGCCCCAGCAGGAUGAGGAAAUGGAGGCCUCAGUAGGGGCUGUGACUCACCAGGGUUCCCAUUUCUGAGCAUCAGAGCCUGGACUUGCACCCAGGUCCUGUGACCCCGCUCCCAUGUUCCUGGAAGAAGGCUCCAGUCCUAGACCUCCACUCCCCGACACUCCCUGGGAGCUGUGGACAUUUGAAAUUCGCAUGUGUGGGGCUCAGAGCAGCCCGAGGCCACGAGCGUUCAGGGAUGGCUGGAGUCUCCCUGUGGGCCCUAGGCUGAGUGGGUUUCGUCGCUGUGCCUCAGUUUCUUUAUCUGUGACAUGGAGACAGGAGGGGAGACGCAGGAAGCUGCACACAGGAGGCCCUCACUACAUCGUAGCCAUGUGUCUUGGUUGUAUUGUUGCUGUAACAAAGUAUUUGACAGAAGCCACUUAGGGGAGAAAAGGGCUUGUUCCGGCCAGAGCUCCAGGUUUAACCCCCACUCCUGGUUCCAACUCUGUGUCUUAGUCACUCUGCGGUUGCCGUGAUAAAACACCCUGACAAGCCCCAGUCAAGAAGCAGAGAGAGAUGACCGCUGCCUCAGGGUCGUUCAGUCCAUGGGCUGCUGCCCACAUUUAGGAGGGCCAUCCUGCCUCAGUUAACCAGCCUGGAGACUGCCACCCUCGCCUGCCCGGAGGCUGGGCUCCAGGGUGGUUCUGGGUCUGCUCGGGUUGACAAUGCUAGCACGUGUGUGGAAGCAGGUGACGGACCGAAUGAAGCCCACGGUCCACAGAGGUCUCCACCCCUCUCCAGACUGCACAGCCCCAGGAAUGAACUCAGAGGGUGGCUUGCUCUGCUUGGUUGCUUUUGUUUUUUAAGACAGGGUCUCAUGUAGCCCAGACUGUCCUGGAAUGCUCUGUGUAGCCAACAACGGCCUUGGACUCCUGCCGCCCGCCGCUGCCUCCCCCUCCCGUGCCUCAGGACCUUUUGAGAUGCUGCACCCUAGGCCCUCACCGGCUUCUCCCUCCUCUGGUCCCUUCUUCUCUUCUUGAGCCCUGGAAUUCUCCGAGGCUUUGACGGGAGUCUCUGAGAGCUGCUGAAGGACAAAGCUGAGACCCGCCCUCCCUCUGGACACCCUCCUGGGAGCAGAGCUGGGGGCCCAGAUUGCUUGGCUCAGUCAUCUUGGGACUGGCCAGGCCAGGCCAGGCGGGAGCCAAGCAGGCGGGUGGGAGACACCUGAUCCAGGUGUGGCAGGACGUGGCUCCCUCCUCCAUCAGCCAUGGCUGGAACUUGGCUUUUAAAGAUUUUAAUUUCUGUUUGCUUCAGUCUUUCAGUUCUCUAUUUUUUGUUGUUUUGCUUUUGGACAAGGUCUUACGUAGCUCAGGCUGGACUGGAGCUGGUUAUGUAGUGAAGAUAACUGAGGUUCUGAUCCUCUGCCUCUGGGUGCCUGUGCGCCACCACACAUGGCUGAGUCACCCUUGGCGACUUUCUAUGAGGGAGAGUCCAGCUGGGUGGCCGGGCGAGGCAGGAGGACUGGGGCAAGUUCUAGCCCAACUUUGGCAACAUAGUGAGACCCUGACUGAACAGAGGAACAAAAUAGUCCAUGCUGGCCAAGCAAGGUAGUGCAGAUUUGUUAUCCCAGCUCUGCGGAGGCUGGAGCAGGAGGAUUGUUAAAUGUUCAAAACCAGACUGGGCAGUGGGGCUAUCCUCCCAGCCCACGAAAGGAUGAGGCAGAAGUGACCAGGACAAGGUCCUACUUGAGUACAUAAUAAGUUUGAAACUAGCCUGGGCUACAUGAGACUCAAACAAACAGAAAAACAAACAACGACAACAAACCCCAAAAACAAAAAAAUAAACAAAAACAAAAAG